CAACUGGCAACAUUGAUUAGUGAGCGGAGCGAUGCGACGCAUACCAUUUCCUUUUCAUUGUCUAUGGUGACGUAGUGAGGUGGUGAAGAAGAGAUAGUCGUAAAAUUACACGCCGCUAGCAAUCCCUAAAGAAUUUAGGAAAAGUGAAGUGCUUCGGGCUUCGAUAUAAAAACGGAUUACUACCAUCACUUUAGUUUUGUUUUGUUAUUGAAUUAUGCUAGAUCCAAUGGAUACUGUCGACAUGAAAUCAUGUCGUAUAUGCUUGACAAACAAAAAACCAUUAUGUCCUCUAUUCAGAUACAAGUUGUCGGGUAAUUAUGCUGAAAUGUUAACAGCGAUUGCCGAUGUAAAGGUUUCUUCUAAUGAUGGCUUGCCUGAAAAGAUUUGCCUUAAAUGCUGCACAACUUUGGAAAAGGCAUACUUACUUAAAACUGUGGCUGAAAGAUCAGAUAAGAAACUGAGGAAAAUACUAGCAAGAGAAAAAGAAAAUGUGCCUACUAAAAAAAUCGCAUUUGAUUCCUUUACUGAUAUCAAGAGUGAAAUAGGACCAUUGACCAUAAAGCCAGAGCCAAAAUGGGAAAUGGAAAUUGAAAUACCAGAAAGCACUAAGCCUGUUGAAACAAUGGAGGGAAAAGAUAUUGUCAUUGCUAACACUGUUAUUAGGAAAGUGGAUCCAAAUGCAGAGGAUAUAAAAUUGGAUAGCACUGAUGAUGUACAACUAACUUGGAGCUCCUCAAGUAACUCAGAUUAUACCAAAAUUGAUCCAGAUGCUGAAUAUUUAGAAGAAGAUGUUUUCCAAGAUGAUGAUGAUGAUGAUUACGUGCCCCCUGUUGAGAAACCUAAAACCAAAUUUAAGAAACCCAAAUUGUCAGAUAUCAAGGUUUUCAAAGGUAAAACUGUUGUCAGAAAAGUAAAAGUUCUGAAAAAAAUUAAGGAUGAAGUUGAUUUUGAUUCUGGCAGAUCAAGAGAUGAAAAUAAGUCACGGUCAACUACCAUUACUUGCUAUCCAAUACUGAAGAAUGGUUCAAGAGGCUCGCCUAUCUUGUUAAAGAGACCCAAGGAUGCAACAAUUUUGAAAGUUCAUUCGGGUUAUAAGCCUAAAUCUCAGUCAUCUUCAUCUGAAACUGUGAAAGUAGUGCGCAGAGACAAACCUGUAAGAAUGGUACGGACCAGUGUCUCCAAGCAAAGAGAAAAGCUUGUCUGUCCCGUCUGUGGUAUACUCACAUUUACAUUGGGCAAUCACAUGGCAACACAUCAGGAAAAGAAAAGGUACACUUGUGCUCAAUGUCCGAGAUCAUUUGCGCAGAAAAGUAAUUUGCUAAUACAUGCUAAACAACAUACAGGAAUAAAAGACCAUAUUUGUGAAGUAUGUGGAGCUGGGUUUUACAGUCAGAAAUCUCUGGUUAGGCAUAAUUUAAUUCACAAAGGAGAGAGACCAUUUUCCUGCAAUUUGUGCACCAAGAGGUUCAUUGCUCGUUGCGAUCUGAAUCGGCACCUGCGCAUACAUUCUGGUUACAAACCGUUCAAAUGUAACACUUGCACAAUGUCGUUCAACGCGAAACAUCAGUUGCAAAACCACGAGAGAAUGCACACCGGGGAGCGGCCGUACACAUGCCAGGUCUGCAACGUGGCGUUUAGUUACAAAGUGAACUUGAAUAACCAUGUUUACAAAGUGCAUGGGAUUAACUUGAAGUUUAAAUCUAUUCACACCGUGACUGAAGAAAUACUGCGUCGCGAGAUGGGCAUGAUGAAUGAGACAAGAGUUGCGAUAACACAUAUUCUGCCGCAAUUGGGAGAGGUCCCAACUCCGGCGGCCCAUGAAACUGUACUGUCUUUAACGUGAUCUCCGAUACCAUAGAGAAGUAUCUUCCAUUCAACUCAACCUAAACAAACACAUUAGUAUAAAGGCUUUUUAACGUAAAAAUUUAAUUUCUGUUUUCUGUCUUCUUCAUCUCUGUUACUUUUAAAAACGAGUCUAUAUGUAACAUUUUUGUUAUUGACUAUUAAAAGCAAUAAACAAUGUUUAAUUAUGUAAAUAUUUAGUCAAUGUUAAUAUUUAUUAAAGUACGUUUUUGAAUAAGUUAUGUUUACUUUAUUUAAAUUAAUUACAUAAUGUAGUUAAAAAAAAAAUUCAAAUUGUCUAUGAGAAAACAGAUAAUAUGAUUAUUACAAAGAUAUGAUUAGAUGCAGGAAUCUACUAAAUUGAAAUAUAAUCUGGCUACUAAUUUAAUCAAUAAAUUAUUGUAAUACAGCGAAAUUGGUAUUUAAAGCAAUGUGCAAUAAGUACUUUAACAAAUUAAGUAUUUUGAUAUUACAGACGGCAAAUAAAAAUGCAAUAUAAGAGCUACAGUUUUAUUUUCAAAAUAUGCCCAAGAUUGCUCUAUUCACAGAUUUAUCUGAUACCUUUGGAAAGACAUAUUCCAGUCUGCUUCGCGGUUUUGCUUCAGAAACGGUUAAUUUUCAAUGUCGUAGUAAUCUCUAGUGCAAACACAUCCAACGCUAACAGGCCGAUAUUCCGCAAUCCAUCGAAAUUUUAGAUCGGAUGGCAGAUCUAUUGAAGAGAUUUGGUGUUG